AUGGCACCCUCUAUUAAAAGACCACGGCAAACAGUAAAUCACUCUGGGCCUGUACUCACUCUUCCUCCCCUGCCGGUCGACAUCUUUCCGCUGCUAGCUCAAUGGUGCGAUCCUGUCACCGCUGGCAGAUUACGGGCAACUUGUCGAAGCGCUCAACUAGCCAUCACACAAAAGCAUCUAGCUUGGUCCUGGUACCAAUUGGAUGAGUUUGCCCUAUAUAUCGAAGGUGACGACCAGUAUGACAAGACGUUUUGGUAUGCGGACUCAGAAUUACUGCUUGGCACAAGUUACCCAUUUGCUAGUGCAUUACGGGCACGGUUAAUUCUUGGCAGGCUGCCAAAACAGUUUUGUUCUGCCAAUCUUCAAGACGCUCUCUCAAAAGCUGUCGUCAACAAUCGUAUUGAAACCGUUCAGACGCUUCUCCAGUUCAGCAAUAUUGAUCCGGAUCACUUCAUACUUGUGAAAGCGGCUUCGAAAGGGUUCAAAGAUAUGUGCGAAUUGCUCCUUGAUUAUGGUGCCGAUGUUCAUGUAUGUGAUGAUUUGGCACUGCGAAUCGCCGCCAGCAACGGAGACAAGGAAACCAUGGUUUGCCUGAUUAAGCGCGGUGCAUCGGUGCACCAUGCUUCGGUUUUGCCUCAAGCAGUCUCGAGUGGAUCUUUGGAAGCCGUCAAGUUUUUGAAGGACUCUGGCGGUGUAACUCCAAUAAACGUAAACUUUGCCAUUCUAGAGUGCUUUGUUGGUAAACGCGACUGUCCAAUUGAUAUCAUUCGUUUUCUUUUGCACCAUGGCGCCGAUCCCUCGGCGAGGCCAACGAGAAGAAGUGAAUCAAUCCUCGUGCGGGCUGUAAAAAGAGGAUGGUGCGAAGCUGUGUUGCUGUUAUUGGAUUAUCAGGCAGAUAAGUAUUGUCGUGAAAAGGCAUUUGCAGCGCUGAUCUUUCUCGCUCGCAAGAAUCCAUCCGACGCCGCAACGAUGAUGGAUAUUUUGAUCAAUGUCGGUGGUGUCGAUAUUUCCACCAUACAUUCAAGAGAAGUCAUUCUGGAUCUUUGCCAAUUCGGACUCUUGCGAAAAUGUAUCUUAAACAUCCUCCGGCCUUACAUGACGUCAAGAUUUCUGGUGCAAAUGCUGAAAGAAACUCUCAUCAGCAGACGGAUUUGUGAAUGGACGGCGAUCUUUCAAGCGAAAAUGCUCGUAUCAAUUGGUGCGAGUACGAGGCGUCUCGAUGAAAGUGUGUUUAUCGACGCUAUCACCGUAGCAAGAGAUGAUGUUACCAUUUUGCUUGCCAAGUGGGGGAUAAAGGUGGACAGGUACUGGUUGGAUUGGGCGCAGGACGUAGCCUCAACGAGGGGACAAUCAUUGAUGGGCCCGAUCCGGAUAGCAGUCAGGAUUCUGGAAGGACAAUUACCAAAAGAGCUGGAAAAGGACACAUUUUGA